CAAUAUAAAGCUUAAUAUGACGGGGUUCAGCUCAUUGUGAGAACAUCUGUUUUACAUGCAGAACAUCCAGGGUUCCAUCUUCAGCAUUGCCACUUAACAGCAUCAGGUAGGAGAUGAUAUGAAAGACUUCAUUCUGAGAUCCUACAGAACUGCUAUCAGUCAAAUAGACCUUGGCAGACCAGCAACCUGACUCAGUGCAAAGCUGCCAUCUGAAACUGAGAAGAAGGCGGAGGUUAAUCGACUGUAUGGGAAAUGUGUAGAGGUCGUGAGGAAACGUUACAGAGGUCUCAGCUUCUGUGAAUGGGCUUCGCUGCCUGAAAGACAUCAGUGACCUACUUGAUGGUCAUUUGUUAUCAAAAUGCAGGUAACAAAUGGAGGAGAUGCUCAUCGUCGAGAGGUGGUUCGCUUUGCAGUGCUUUGUAGAGCUGGAACGCUGGUGCUUCAGGCCUUCUUCAACAUUCUGAUCCCAGACCAUGCUGCAGAUGCCUUCCGCCCACCCCGUAUGUCUGAGCCUGGGUUCUGUGACCAGCUCGUGGAAUGGCUGUUGGGUGGCCUGUCACGUUGGGACGCAGAGCACUUCCUCUUCAUAGCCGAGCACGGCUACAUAUACGAGCAUAACUGUGCCUUCUUCCCCCUGUUUCCCUUGAGUCUACGUGCAGCUGCGAGGACAGUCCUGUGGCCUCUCCAGGGUUUUCUAUGCAUCCGAAGCCGGCUGCUCCUUUCUGCGGCUCUGUUGAACACCCUGUUCUCUGUCCUGGCUUCGUGGGUCCUAUACGAGUUGGGCUGUGUUGUCCUGCGGUGCCGCAGGCAGGCCUUCCUGUCGGCCAUCCUCUUCUGCAUCACUCCUGCCAAUGUUUUCAUGGCAGCUGCUUAUUCAGAGAGCAUGUUCGCCCUCCUGGCAUUUGGUGCCAUGUGGCAGCUAGAGAAAGGGCGCUUGUGGACCAGCACCCUCCUCUUUUCACUGGCCAGCGGUGUGCGUUCCAACGGGGUGAUCAAUGCUGGGUUCCUCGUUUAUGCCCAGGCAAAAUGCUUUGUCUCUCGGCUUCAGGCAGGGAGUGGAGUUGCACUGCUGUUGAUCUUAGGUCAACUUCCAACUCUAAUAGUGUGUCUGGCCUUAAUGUGUGCCUCCGUUCUCCUUCCUUUUGCUUUAUUUCAGUUCUAUGCUUACUUCUGGUUCUGCAGUGGCAACAUUGGCUCUGAAUAUGUUGUGCCAAGACCGCUGCUGCAGCUAGCUGUGGAUUUGGGGUACCACUUGGCCUUUUUGAAUGGCGCAAAACCAUCAUGGUGCUCUUGGGAUUAUCCUAUGGUUUAUGCCUACAUUCAGGAUGCUUACUGGAAUGUGGGCUUUCUCAAGUAUUAUGAGGCCAAACAAAUUCCCAAUUUCCUACUAGCUGCACCAACUAUUGUGCUGGGAUGUUGGGCGGCCUGGUCCUAUGUUGCUGCAAAUCCCUGGUACUGCCUAACGGUUGGUCUGGCAAGGAGAGAGACUGGAAGAACAACGGCAGAAUCUCCCUCAAAACCUCCUGCUGGGUUUUGCUCUCCUGGAGUAUUUGUUUAUAUCGUCCAUGCCAUGGCUCUGUUGAUGUUUGGCACCUUUUGCAUUCACAUACAGGUUCUCACAAGAUUUUUGGGCUCUUCCUCUCCAGUCCUGUACUGGUUCUCUGCCCAUCUGCUUUAUACUCAUGAACCUUUGUUGCAAAACAGGGAUCCAUCUACAUUGGAUGCUGCGGCCCAUUUGGAUGAGCCCUGCAUGGAAAACUCUUUUUCUGCCUGGAACCAAAAUGAAAACCCUGUGCUAAGACUACUGAGGAACUGGAGGCAGAGCACUGUUCUUACCCAGUGGAUUCUGAUAUACGCUCUUUCUUACUGGUUGCUAGGUCUGGUUCUUCACUGUAACUUCUUUCCUUGGACAUGAGCACUUGAUCUGCCAGCUAGCUUCUUUGGGAGGACAAAAUGAUUGUCACAGUGUACAUCUUUUAGUUUGGAGCUGAGCGAUGUGUUUUAGAAAGCAUUGAUCUUCCAUGUUGCAUUAAAACAAGUAGAUACAGA